AUGCCCGGCUCAGACACGAGCGACGAGUUCAAUGAUGAUGUCUUUAUCGUUGACAUUGAUACCAUCCAAGCCCAUGGCAUCGGAGUAGCGGAUAUCACGAAGCUAAAGACGAAUGGGUACUAUACUGUUGCUUCUGUUCACGGUGCUACCCGCAAGAAUCUGUUGAAGAUAAAGGGAUUCAGUGAGGUCAAGGUCGAGAAGAUUAAGGAUGCUAUUCAGAAGAGCUUGCCCUCGGCUUCGGGGUUCAUCACGGCAAUGGAACUAUGCCAUCAACGGAAGAGGAUUGUUAGAAUUUCUACCGGGAGUAAACAGUUUGAUUCUAUUUUGGGAGGUGGCUUUCAGAGCAUGAGCAUCAGCGAAGUCUUCGGCGAGUUUCGAUGCGGCAAGACUCAGUUGUCGCACACCAUGUCCGUCGUGGCCCAACUUCCCAAGGAACUGGGUGGUGCAGACGGCAAAGUGGCAUAUAUUGAUACCGAGGGAACGUUCAGGCCUGAGCGCAUCGCUCAGAUUGCAGAGCGGUUCGGUGUCGAUCCUGAUGCUGCUCAGGAGAAUAUUGCUUAUGCGCGAGCGCUGAACAGCGAGCAUCAGCUGGAGUUGUUGAAUACUCUUAGUAAAGAGUUCGCCGGUGGAGAGUAUAGGUUGUUGAUUAUCGAUAGCAUCAUGAACUGCUUCAGGGUCGAUUAUUGUGGACGUGGAGAGCUUGCUGAUCGUCAGCAGAAGUUGAAUCAGUUUCUGAUGAAGCUGGCUCAUAUGGCUGAAGAAUUCAAUAUCUGCGUUCUGAUGACCAACCAGGUUCAGAGUGACCCUGGCGCUAGUGCACUCUUCGCUGGAGCCGAUGGCCGCAAGCCCGUUGGAGGUCAUGUCCUGGCACAUGCAUCGGCGACUCGAGUGCUCCUCCGUAAGGGCCGUGGCGAAGAGCGAGUGGCUAAGAUACAGGACUCACCAGACUGCCCUGAGAGAGAGGCGACGUAUGUCAUCACCAAUGGUGGGAUCAAUGAUCCUGAUAAGGUGUAG